AUGAAACCUUAUAGCUUUAACCGAUUUCUUGUCUUUCUUGCUUUGCUUCGUUGUCUCGCUUAUGUCAAUGGCGAUGUGGGUGAAGCUGAGCAGCUAUUGCUCUUCAAAUCUACUCUUCAAAACCCGAGUCGUUUACCCGACUGGCUCAAAGGAAACAACCCAUGUACUUUCACCGGUGUUUCUUGUAAAAACUCGACUGUUUCAUCCAUAGAUCUGAGCAAUAUUGAUUUGAGCGUAGAUUUCGGUGUGGUUUCUUCCAGCUUGUUGACUCUUCCGAGUCUUGAGUCGUUUGUAGCUAAGAACUGUAACCUCACUGGUACACUUUCAUGGGGGUCGAGAUCUCAGUGUAGUAAGCUGCUUAGCUCUGUAGAUCUGGGUGUAAACCGGAUCACCGGUUCUGUUUCUGACGUUUCAUCGUUGUCGGGUUGUCAGAAGCUCAAGUCCCUCAAUUUGUCGAGAAACUCGAUGGAGUUUACCGGUGUUUCGAAGCCUAUUGGGCUUUCUCUGCAAGUUAUUGAUCUAUCGUUCAACCGGAUUUCUGGGUCGGAAGUUUUGCCGUGGAUACUAUCAGACGGAUGUGGUGAGCUUCUAGAGUUUAAUGUUUCCGGUAACAACAUAUCCGGCACCAUUCCCGAGAGCUUGAAAGCAUGUUCUUCUCUUCAACUGUUUGACAUCUCCCGGAAUAAUUUCUCCGGCGUGUUUCCGAUGGAUACGCUUGUGAAUUUGAGCAGCUUGAAGACUUUGAUGUUGGCGUUCAAUAAUUUCGUCGGCGAGUUGCCUGAAUCCUUGUCGGAGCUGAUCAAUCUGGAGAAGUUUGAUGUGAGUUCCAACAAGUUAACCGGUGAAAUCCCGGCGGGACUCUGUCAGAGUUCUUCGUUGAAGGUAUUGUAUCUUCAGAACAACUUGCUCACUGGUACUAUCCCUUCAUCUCUUAGCAACUGUUCACAGUUGGUGUCACUUGAUCUCAGUUUCAAUUCGUUAACCGGAGUGAUCCCGUCGAGUUUUAGAUAUUUGUCAAAACUUCAGGAUUUGAUGAUAUGGAUGAACCUGCUCUCCGGUGAAAUCCCUGAAGAGCUUACGUACAUUCAAACUCUCGAGAAUUUGAUCCUCGAUUUCAAUUAUUUAACCGGAUCAAUCCCAGCUAGUUUAAGCAACUGCACCAAUUUGAAUUGGAUUUCCCUUUCCAACAACAGAUUAGGCGGCGAAAUUCCGGCAGCCCUUGGUCAGUUAUCCAACCUUGCCAUUCUUAAACUCGGGAACAACUCAUUUUCCGGGAACAUUCCGCCGGAGCUUGGGGAUUGUAAAAGCUUAGUAUGGUUAGAUCUCAACACCAAUCAGUUAACUGGCACUAUCCCACCUGCUCUCUUCAAGCAAUCUGGAUACAUCGCUGCUGCAUAUCUUACCGGGAAGCCAUUUAUAUACAUCAAGAACGACGGGAGCAAGCAGUGUCACGGCGCCGGAAAUUUACUGGAGUUUGGAGGAAUCCGUCGAGAGGAUUUAGACAGGAUUUCGUCGAGACAUCCCUGUAACUUCACGAGAUUGUACUUAGGGAUCACUGAGCCAAACUUCAACCAUAACGGAUCAAUGAUCUUCUUUGAUCUUUCGUAUAAUAAAUUGGAGGGUGGAAUCCCAAAGGAGCUUGGAUUAAUGUAUUAUCUCUUCAUACUGAAUUUGGGGCAUAACGAUCUUACAGGUCCGAUUCCCGAUGAACUUAGCGGCUUAAAGACGAUAGCGAUUCUUGAUUUAUCACACAACAGACUCAACGGAUCAAUCCCAAAUUCGUUGACCACCCUCGGUCUUGGUGAUGCCGAUCUAUCCUACAAUAAUUUAUCAGGAAGCAUCCCGGAAUCUGCUCCAUUUGACACGUUUUCACCGGACAAGUUCUCAAAUAACUCCGGUCUCUGCGGAUACCCACUACCUCUAUGUAAACAUGAUCCAAACGGUAAAUCAAACUCUCGUUCGAAGUCCAACAGACGGGAAGCUUCCCUCGCCGGAAGUGUCGCCAUGGGGUUACUCUUCUCGUUGUUCUGUAUCUUUGGAGUCAUCAUAAUCUUAGUAGAAAUGCGAAAAAGAAAACGGAAGAAGGCGGCCGCAGCCCUAGAAGCAUACGCCGACAACGGCAAUUCGUAUUCCGGCGGCGGCGCCGCCCACACAAGCACUGCAUGGAAACUAACCAGCACCCGCGAAGCUCUAAGCAUAAGCCUCGCCGCCUUCGAAAAACCCUUGAGAAAACUCACAUUCGCCGAUCUUUUAGAAGCCACAAACGGGUUCGACAACAACAGUAUGAUCGGGUCCGGCGGAUUCGGUGACGUUUACCGGGCCCAAUUAAAGGAUAACUCCAUCGUUGCAAUAAAGAAGCUAAUCCACGUCAGCGGGCAAGGUGAUCGAGAAUUCAUGGCGGAAAUGGAAACAAUCGGAAAAAUAAAACACCGGAAUCUCGUCCCAUUGUUGGGUUACUGUAAAGUCGGAGACGAAAGGUUACUGGUGUAUGAAUACAUGAAAUUCGGAAGCUUAGAAGAUGUGUUACACGAUCGGAAGAAAACAGGAUUGAAAUUAAACUGGAAUACAAGACGAAAAAUCGCAAUCGGAUCAGCCCGAGGGCUAGCUUUCCUCCACCAUAACUGCAUCCCUCAUAUAAUCCACCGUGACAUGAAAUCGAGCAAUGUUUUACUCGAUGAAAAUCUGGAAGCCCGGGUGUCGGAUUUUGGAAUGGCGAGACAUAUGAGUGCCAUGGACACGCAUUUGAGUGUGAGCACGUUAGCAGGAACACCAGGGUAUGUCCCGCCGGAGUAUUACCAGAGCUUUAGAUGUUCAACAAAAGGGGAUGUUUACAGUUACGGGGUGGUGCUUCUGGAGCUUUUGACCGGAAAACAACCAACAGAUUCGCCGGAUUUUGGUGAUAAUAAUCUUGUUGGGUGGGUGAAACAGCAUGCAAAGACGAAGAUAAGUGAUGUUUUUGAUCGGGACUUGUUGAAGGAAGAUCCAGGGUUGGAGAUUGAGUUAUUGCAGCACCUUAAGGUGGCGGUGGCUUGCCUGGAUGACCGGCCAUGGAAGCGGCCGACGAUGAUUCAGGUGAUGGCGAUGUUUAAGGAUAUUCAGGCGGGGGCAGGGAUUGAUUCGGGUUCCGCCAUUGCCGCCGGUGAUGCUCACUUUAGCACGGUUCCAGAAGUGGAGAUGACCAUUAAAGAAGACGGCGAACAAGGGAAACAGUGA